AUGUCUAACCAAGCAUAUCUCGAUCAGCCUGACCUUCACGCUCGAGCACCAUGGCGUUCAGCACUCUUGACCUUCCCCGGAAACCUGAAGGCAGCUCUGAAGGAAGCUCACGAGGAUCCCUCAAAGACUUUGUUCGGUGUCGGACAAGGCAUCCCAAGCCCAUUUGUCACAAAGGUUAUGGCAUCCGCCAGACCCGACUUUAUCUGGCUUGAUGUCGAGCAUGGCAUGUAUGACCGACUUGCCCUUCACGAUUGUAUCCAUGCCGCCCAACAUCACUCCGAGGGAAAGACCAUGGCCAUUGUUCGAGUGCCCAAGCACGACGAGGUCAGUUUGACGACGGCUCUCGAUGCAGGUGCAUCGGGCAUCGUGAUACCUUGCUGUGAGAGUGCAGAAGAGGUUGAAAAGAUUAUCAAGACUAUCUACUACCCACCCGUUGGCCGACGCUCUUUCAGCCCUUGGGUCUUUACCCCCGGCAUCUCCGAUACCUCGCUAUACGAGGAAGAUUCAUUCAACAUGAAGACUGCGAACAGCCAUAUUGCCGUAGUUGCACAGAUCGAAAGCGUGAAAGGAGUCAAGAACGUCCGUGAGAUCGCCGCUGUCGAGGGUGUAUCAGCCAUGUUGUUUGGUCCAGGUGAUUUCUCAGCAGACGCAGGAAUCCCAUUGAAGCUAGGCGGCGAGCCUCAUCCUACGCUAGGUGCUGCCAUCGGGGAGUGGGUGGCUGCUGGACGGGAGAAUGGCAUACCUCUUCUUGGUGCUGCUAUGGGCCCUGGUAUGAUUCCGGGCAUGAUAGAGCAAGGGUAUCGAGGUAUUGUUGUAUCAAUGGAUGUUUGGGGUCUCGCCGGUAUGGUUCACGGCCAGGUUGAACAGGGGAGAAAGGAAGCUCAAGAGGUAGGUAAGUCGUCUGAGAUGAAGGAAAGCAACGGUGUUUGA